CUCAUCACUUCAUCCUCCCAAAAAUAUAUAGCUUCAUUGAAAUUCAUCAUCACUUCAUUUACUAAACCCAAACCAAGAGUGAUCGAUCGAGUGAAAUAGUAUUUAAUUAACAAUGGAAGUGAAAUUCACUUCAUUAUCCUCAAAGGCAAUCUCGCCAGCUCCACUGAAAGCACUAUCAUCAGAAGCUGAAUCGCUUUCAUUUCCAUCAUCGGAACCCACCAAGCAGCAGCAGCUGCUUCCUCUUCGUAUAAUUCCCGGUGACUACGGCCUCCCAUUCUUCGGAGCAAUCAAGGACCGCCUUGAGUACUUCUACAGCGACGGCGGCCGUAACGAGUUCUUCAGGUCCCGCCAACAAAAGUACAACUCCACCAUCUUCCGCGCCAACAUGCCACCUGGCCCCUUCGUCGCCUCCGAUCCAAAGGUCAUCGUCCUCCUCGACGGAAAAAGCUUCCCUGUUCUCUUCGACCUUACCAAAGUAGAGAAGAAGGACCUCUUCACCGGAACUUACAUGCCCUCCACCAAUCUCACUGGAGGCUACCGCAUCCUCUCCUACCUCGACCCUUCCGAACCAAAGCACGAGAAGCUCAAGCACCUCAUCUUCUUCCUCCUCAAGUCCAGAAGCAACAACAUCAUCCCUCAGUUCCAUUCAAACUACACUGAUCUCUUUGAUUCCCUGGACAGAGAACUUUCCAAGAACGGCAAAGCAAGUUUCUCCGGCAACGACCAAACGGCGUUUACGUUUCUUUGCCGCGCUUUUUACGGCACCGAUCCCAAAGACACGAGCCUCGGAAGCGACGGUCCCAGCCUGGUGCAGAAAUGGGUGCUGUUCAAUCUCAGCCCAGAGCUUUCCCUUGGCCUCCCCAAGUUCAUCGAAGAUCCCAUUCUUCACACGUUCCGUCUUCCCUCCAUCUUCGUCAAGAGCGAUUACAAGAGGCUCUAUGAUUUCUUCUACGGCAGCGCGGGCUUCGUCCUCGAAGAAGCCGAGCGCCAAGGCAUCUCUAGGGACGAAGCGUGCCAUAACAUCUUAUUCGCCACCUGCUUUAACACCUUCGGAGGUGUGAAGAUCUUCUUCCCGGCGUUGAUGAAAUGGAUCGGUGGCCCCGGGAACAAAGAGCUCCAUUCCCGGCUGGCUCAGGAGAUAAGAUCAGCCGUGAAAUCCAACGGAGGAGAGGUAACGAUAGCGACAAUGGAAGAAAUGCCGUUGAUGAAGUCAGUGGUGUACGAGACUUUCCGUAUCGACCCUCCCGUGCCGCUUCAGUACGCGAAGGCAAAGCAAGACAUGGUUAUAGAGAACCAUGAAAACUCUUUCCAAGUAAAGAAAGGGGAAAUGCUGUUCGGGUUUCAACCGUUUGCGACGAAGGAUCCAAAGAUAUUUGAGAGAGCAGAGGAGUUCGUUGGGGAUAGGUUCUUGGGUGAAGAAGGUGAGAAGCUUCUGAAGUAUGUUUUGUGGUCGAAUGGGCCUGAGACGGAGUCUCCGAGUGUUAGGAACAAGCAGUGUCCCGGUAAAGACUUUGUGGUGUUGGUUUCCAGGCUUCUUGUGGUCGAGAUGUUUCUCCGUUAUGAUUCCUUUGAGGUUGAAGCCACAAAGUCAGCACUCGGUUAUGAUGUUAACUUCAUCUCUCUCGCCAAAGCUACCUCUUAGAACUAAAUUUACUAUGUUUAUCUUCUUUAUCUGCACUUACAUAAAUUAAAUUACUUUUUAUUUA